UUUCCUUUGUUGCACUGUACUUUGCAUACAACGUCAAGUAAUUGAUGAAACUCCCAAUCCAUGACAGUGCUACAGAUUAACUAAGCGGAGGCCGUAAAUUGGUGAAUCCAUUUCUGGGUUUGUUAACUCCGUUCCCGAAAUGAAAUGGGUCGUAGGCUAGCCGACUCAGACGUCUAUCGUUUUACACUUGCGGUCCUUUUCUUGAUGGCCGCGAGCUCCUGUUUUAUGUCCUAUUAUAGAUUCUCCCUUUCGUUUAAGGGAAGCAGCAACGCCGUGUCUUUUGGUUCAACCCAAACAUCGAGAGUCAAUGAAGAAGAAAAUGUGUGUUGCAGGGGAAUUGAGCAUUUAGAGCUGUGGGGUGAUGCAGUGAAAUGGGGAUCGGAUUUCAAACUGAAUUCUUCAAAGGAAUGUUGUGAGGCUUGCAAGGAGAUGUGCAAGAGUGACGAUGGUCCUUGUUUGUGCGACUCUUGGGUGUUUUGUGGCGAUAAGGUGGCUUGUGGGUCUCGAUUUGGUGAGUGUUGGCUGAAAAAACAAAAUGAUAUCUUGGAUCCUGAUCGGCGAGACUCCGGUGAUAUGGUUAUGUGGACAUCUGGUAUAAUCUUUGGUAAAGGAGAGGGAAUUGUUAAGUUGAACACGGAGUAUGGUGGUUUUCAUGUUAAACUUUUGCCUGAAUGUGCUCCAUAUUCCGUUGUCUAUAUCCUUGAGCUGUUGUCAUUACAUCAUUGUGCUGGCUGCCAAUUUUACCGUGCUGAAAGCCGAGGUAACUCUUGGGAUCCUACAGGAAAUCACAUUGAACAUGCUUCUUUCGGCCCCCCACAUGCGCUGAUCCAAGGAACAGUUGAAGCCCAGGGAACUGUAUUUAAGGAUAUUCCACCAGAGGCAUGCCCCACUAUAAGAGGAGGAUCGGUCGCAUGGGUUGGCUCUGGUCCGGAGUUCUUUAUCAGUCUAGCGAAGCACAAUGAGUGGAGAAAAGCAUAUACAGUGUUCGGUUAUGUUCUACCCGAAGAUAUGGACAUCGUGGAGAAAAUUUCACAGCUUCCAACCAUACCAGAUGUGUGGAGCAAGGUUAAAGUAUCUGUGUUGGAAAGACCUGUUCCCUUACGAAUCUUACGAACGAAGAAACGUCCUUGAGAUCUCGUCUGAUGCUAAAUGUGCUCAUUGGCUCGAAGUGCAGCACAGAUUGUAG